GCGCCAUCCGUAGCGGGCCUAGCGCGGAUCUCUUGAAUUCUUCCUCACCACCGACUCGAGCCUGGAGAAAACCGGCGGACAGGUAGAUCGACCUCAUCAUAACGACAAAGCUAAGCCUCACGCCCGUUUCUGUCAAUCGCUUUCCUGAUGGCUUCUAAACUUUCUUCACGGGCCUUCAGCGCUGUUUCCUCCUCUGUGCGCGCUCGUCCGGUCUGCACCAGUGCGAUUGUUACGACAGCUGUGGUCUCAAGACGUGGACUUUCAACAGAGUCAGCGGCCUCCGAAGAGACGGCUGGAAAGCCACGAUGGUCGUACACUCCUCCCGGCGCAAAGGCGCCAUUCAGUCUGCGGAUCAAUUCCAGAAGACCCGACUUUCCCGUCAAUGAGGAUCCCGCGGUCCUCGAUCAGUUUUACAUCCGGAUGCUGGGCAACGGAGGAGACAAGCUCCUGUCCGACGAGAUCAAGUGGCUCGCGGUGACUCACAAGAGUUUCGACCAAGGCAGAAGAGGUUUCAAUGACCGUCUUGCAUUUCUCGGCAAGCGGAUAGUUCAGCUACAGGCUUCCUUGGCCUUGGUUCAGGAUGCAGGCAACUUUGCGAAGAAGACGCCUGAAGAUCCUUACGGCCGGAAACCUUUCCAGCACCAGGCACUGGAGGGCCUGAGCAACCUUUCCACCAACACGAAGAGCUUCCUCACGAGCAAGACGAAGCUGGCGGAGCUAGCUCAGAAAUACGAGUUGCAGAAUGUCAUCAGAUGGUCGCCGCGGAAGCCCAACAACCUCCAGAGCUCCGGAAUUGACGUGGUCCUUGCUCAUACCCUGUACGCUGUCGUGGGUGCUGUUGCGUUGGAGAAGGGCGGACAUGUUGCCAACAAAGUCGCACAGGAACGGAUACUGGCGCCUUUGGGACUGAGGUCGACACUUCCUUAGAGAGAGAGAGAGAGAGAGCGUCUCUAUCCUGUCUUGGGGAACCGGCUGCAAGGAGCAUUUCAAGGCGUUUAUUUCCUUUUUUUUCACCUUCGUUUUUUUUCCGAUGCUUGUUUUAUGGGCGGGGAUGAACCCAUUGUCUUUCCUCAUCACCCAAGCCUGUACAUGUACUUUUAUAUCUCUACCGGUCACGUUUUCGUUGUCGCGGGAUACCAUUUCAGGGCUUUUUUUCUUUUCAGCUGUACCUAUAUGGAU